AUGGAAGAUUCAAAAGAUCCCUGUAAUUUCGUUAGCGUAGAAGCGGAAUUGAACCCGGAAUCAAUCCGACAAUGGCUUUCUAUUGUAAAAAACGGGAAGAAGACCGAUAAAGGAACUCGACGGUCGGAUAUCUCGACGAAGGUGAAGAAGCAUCUCUCGGCUCUUGGUUGGGUUUUCGCUUACUAUCCGAGACGGAACAAGCGAGAGUUGCGUUAUAAGUCUCCCAACGGAAGGUGGUUCUAUUCUUUAGCUACAGCUUGUUUGAGUUGCGUCGAUCAUGAAGACGACUCGACACAACAACAACAACAACAACAAAUCCUUUCCAAAUCUGACUCGUCUUGCUCUCCGAUUAAGCUCUCAUUAGUUGAGGAUGUUUCGAAGAAGACGAGGAAGAAAAGAAAAAGAUUGGAGGAUUGCUAUGUUAAUCGCUCAGUCCCCAACAACGAAGAGACUCUUUCGUGUGCUUCCGUCAAAAUCCUUCCUAAUGUGGAUGUGUCGAAGAAGAAGAGAGCGAAGGAUUGUGAUACGGCUGCGUUUCAUGCGAACGAAGAGAAGAAUCGUUCCUCUGAUUUGAUGAAUGUUGAUGUAAUAAACCAACAAGUAAAGAAGAGGACAAGGCAGACGGCUGCUGCGUUAGAUAAGGGCGAGGAAAGGCCGAGUUUUGGGAAAUCGCUGAGGAAUAUCUUACAAGUGAUGGAAAAGAAGAACAAAAUGUGUGAGAAAGAGUCUGUAAGGUUCUGGAGAAAAGAUUGUGGCCCGGAAAAGAACUGUGAUGUGUGUUGCGUCUGCCAUUAUGGUGGAGAGUUGCUUCUUUGUGAUGGUUGCCCAUCAGCAUUUCACCAUACCUGCCUCGGUUUGCUCAGUAUUCCCGAGGAAAAGCUCUGGUUCUGUCCUUGUUGCUGCUGCGAUAUCUGUGGAUCAAUGGAAACAUCAGGAAACAGCAAGUUGAUGACUUGUGAGCAGUGCCAAAGAAGAUUCCAUCUCAAGUGUUUGAAACAAGUGCCUUGUCUUGUUUCUUGCAGAGGCUGGUUCUGCAGUAGUCAAUGCAGCAGAGUCUUUAACGCUCUUCAGGGCCUCCUAGGUCGCAAGAUUGCAGUAGGCGACGAGGAUUUGGUUUGGACUUUGAUGAGAGCUCCUAAUGAUGAAGAACACUAUGAUGAUGAACAAAUCUCCAAGCUAGAUUCUGCUGUUGAGAUACUUCACCAGGGAUUUGAGCCUUCAAAAGAUCCUUUCUCUGGGAGAGAUCUCGUCGAGGAACUGAUAUUCAGGAAAGACGCAACUGGUGUGGGUCGCGGCUUCUACACGGUUUUGAUUGAGAGGAAGAAUGAGCCUAUUACGGUGGCGGCAAUGAGAGUUGACAAAGAUGUAGCUGAAAUCCCUUUGGUGUCGACAUUGCCUCAUUACAGGAGAAGUGGGAUGUGUAGAGUGCUUAUGGAUGAGCUGGAGAAGCAACUGUCUCGAAUGGGAGUUUGCAGAUUGGUCUUACCGGCUGCAGCAGAUGUUGUAAACACUUGGACUCAGCGGUUUGGGUUCUCGGUAAUGGAAAGUUGGGAGAGGUUGGAGCUUGUGAAGCAUGGGAUGCUUGAUUUUGUUGGUACUGUGAUGUGCCAUAAGUUUCUGAUGCAUAGAGAAGACUCUAGAGAAUCAAGCCUCACGGAUUAG